AUGCAGAGCCGCGCUCAUGUCCCGACCCACCAGCACUUCCAGAGUUCAGACUUGCGCCAGUCCGGCACAAGUCCGAGUGCUAUGCAGGGCCUGUUGAAUGCUACAGAACAGAGACCCCUAGUGGCCACAAGACAGAGGUCAGAAAUGACUGAUGUGGAGCCUGUGGUUACAGAUUUUGCAGCAUCAGGAAGAUCAGGUCGCCGCAAUGCCUUACCAGAUAUUUUAGGUUCUCCAGCAGGAGCUGAGACUUCAGAUCUGCCACAGAAACUAGCGGAGCUCUGUGUAUCUCAAGAUGAAGGAGCUGAAGGAGGAGGAACAUCUUCAGGAGAAACUCCUGCUGAAACUCCAGAAGAAAAAUCUGAUACCUAAGAGUCAUCUUGGGACUGUGAUAAACAUAAUUGACCUUCUCUGAUGGACAAUGGGCCCAAUGGGCGGACUAUGCAACAGUUUGUAUGGGGACAAUACAUCUCUAAGUACUUAGCUCUUAUGAAUAGAACUAUAUUUUCUACUCUAGAUGGAGAACAGGUUGAAGAUGCAUUUAGAAAAGAGCUAUAUGACGAUGAAUGUUCCUUGGGCUGUAAUUUAUAAAACCUAUUGUUUGAAAACAACCUACAGCCUUCAACACAAUAGCCACUGCAGUAGUAUCAGGUAUUGUUAAGUUGUUUGUACUCUUCAAUAUAAGUACAGAACAGUAAUGGCUUUGUUGUUUAGUAUACUUAGGAAACUGUUUCAUGAGUAACGCCACCACGUCUUAUAGAUUUCGUUCAAUGUAAAUCACCGCAAGAAUUAGGUGACCUUAAAAUAUUGCUCCAGAAUUAUUGUCUGUCUCUGGAAGGGAGAAAUACAUAAAGGCAACCAUGUUCCUAGUGCCUUAUUGUCAUUAGUUUUAUAUGUGACAACCCCGUAACCUGACAGCUGAGCUCGUGUAACACUUGCCACAUGAAAAAUUGGUGGAACAGUAGCCAGCGACCUAGCUGCAUCUCUGUGUGUCACUUUCUCAGCUAAUGUAGCAAUGUAUGUGGUUUUGGUUGUUUGAUAUGAAAAUAAACAUGAUAUUGUCAUUGCUGCUGUCAUGUGUAACUUGUAAUGCUAAUGCACAUUCCUCAGGGAUGAAUGAUUAUACAAGAUAUUUCUUAUUAAACUGUUUAUCUGCCUAACAAGAUCGUGGCUAUAAAUAAAACACUGAUUUCUAAGCAAGAUGAACACAUUUACAUGAGGCAUUUCUAACCCAGCUGGGAGUAACAUUCUGUGCAGUUGCUGCAUCUGCUAAUAAUUCAAAAUACAAUAUGCCUAGAGAAAGAUAAGUAGAACAUGGCACUGUAUUAUGUAAUGACUGAAUUGUAAUCCCAGUACAUGUAUAUAACAGAUGUACCAUCAGUCCAGGCUUCUGUUGCCAUGAAUAACCUUAAAACAGAAUGUAUCUUUUGCAUGACUCUAGAGAUAUAACUGACAGGAGAAGAUAAUAUUAUAAAAUGUUAAACAUAUAAAAUGC